AUGUCCUUCGUAGUAGACGGACGACAUGGACAGGGUCCCAACACUGGUCGUCUCGGCAUCACGCAACCUCUCUUAAGUGCUCUACUAGAGGUUGAAGACAUGUGGUAUGGUAUUGUAACAGGUCCGUACUGUAUUGCCGGGGUGUCGCAAUACAAGUAA